GUGUGUGAGCAAAAUCUGUGGUCUGUUACUGCCAUGGCUAAGCUGGUGGAAUGCGUCCCCAAUUUCUCUGAGGGGCGUAACAAGGAGGUAAUUGAUGCCAUAGCUGAUGCUAUCUCUGGCACAGAGGGGUGCAGCCUGUUGGAUGUUGAUCCCGGGUCUUCCACCAACAGGACGGUCUACACAUUUGUGGGCGAACCUGAGGUAGUUAUCGAGGGUGCACUGAAUGCUGCACGGGUUGCCUUUAAACUCAUAGACAUGAGCAAACACUCAGGUGAGCACCCUCGGAUGGGUGCCAUGGAUGUGUGUCCUUUCAUACCGGUGCAAAACGUUACAAUGAAGGAGUGUGUUGAGUGUGCAAAUGCAUUUGGACAGAGGUUGUCGGACAUGCUGAAUGUGCCAGUCUACCUCUACGCAGAAGCGGCUAGAAAAGAAAGCAGAAGGUCUCUUCCAUCUGUCCGUGCAGGGGAGUAUGAAGCUUUACCAGAUAAGCUAAAAAAGAGCGAAUGGGCCCCCGACUAUGGCCAGGCCACCUUUGUCCCCUCAUGGGGGGCCACGGUAACCGGUGCCCGAAAGUUUCUCAUCGCCUAUAAUGUGAACUUGUUGAGCACAAAGGAGCAGGCUCACAGAAUCGCCCUGGAUAUACGAGAACAGGGACGUGGAAAAGAUCAACCCGGGCUUCUGAAAAAGGUUCAGGGUAUGGGAUGGUAUCUGGAGGAAUCUGACCUGGCUCAGGUGUCCACCAACAUCCUGGACUUCGAGCUGACGCCCGUGUACACUGUGUAUGAAGAAAUCUGUCGAGACGCCAAAUAUCUGAAUCUGCCAGUGGUUGGCUCUCAGAUUGUGGGCCUGAUCCCACUGAAGGCAAUGUUGGAUUGUGCCGACUUCUACAUAAAACAAGAAAAGCUCUUCGUAGUUGAAGAGGAGCAUAAAAUCCGUUUGGUUAUCAGCAAACUAGGACUCGACUCGUUGGGUCCAUUCAUUCCAAAAGAAAGAAUCAUAGAGUAUAUGGUGCAGGCCAACCAGGGCGCCGGGCAGCUGGCGUCUUUAUCCCUAUGGAAGUUCGUCCACAGCGUCGGAGCCAGAACAGCGGCACCUGGUGGAGGAUCCGUCUCUGCUGCGAUCGCUGCCAUGGGUGCAGCACUGGGCUGCAUGGUCGGUCAGAUGACAUACGGAAAGAGGCAGUUUGAUUCUCUGGAGGCGGAAAUGAGGAGACUGAUCCCUCCUUUCCAUGAAGCCAUGAACGACUUGUUGCUCAAAGUGGACGCUGACUCAAGUGCUUUUAAUAGCUACAUGACUGCCCUGAAAUUGCCCAAAGGCACAGCAGAUGAGAUUAAAAGGCGAGAGCAGGCCAUGCAGGAGGGUUUGAAGCAGGCGGUGAGCGUGCCACUCUCCCUGGCCGAGAAAAUUAACACGCUGUGGGCCUCGCUCAAAGAGAUGGCGAAGUAUGGAAAUGUGGCCUGCAAAUCAGACAUUCAGGUCGCUGUAAAAGCUUUGGAAACUGCAGUGUUUGGAGCGUACUACAACGUCAUCAUCAAUCUUAAAGACAUAACCGAUACUUCAUUCAGGGCUGCUACUGAAGCGAGAGUGUCUGAGCUGUUAAAGGAAGCCAGAGAAAGUGCCAACGCAGCGCUGGAGAUGGCAGACCACAGGAAAUGACAUUAAAAUUGAAAUGUGGUUCUGUAAAUCUGUAUUCGCUAAAAAAAGGUCCAUCAACAUUCUCUAAAACACAAAGAAAUCUUAAAAAAGGUCAAACAAAAAAACAAUGUCAGAAUAUUUGUGAUUUUUACUCUGGUUUAGUUUUUUCUUGUGAUUUCAUUAGAUUUCUAUUAAAUAAACUUCUACUUAAUAUUUUAACAUAACAA